AUGGCGACCAAGCCCGUUGCCCAGUUCAGCUCGUUCCAGGACGCGAUGGACUACUUCCAGGAAAACCCCGAGAACGAAGAUGGCACUGACAUCUCUGAGGAGCAGGUCCUCGCUGCUCAGAAAGAGUGGGGUGACGGGAUCGUAAACAUUUCCGCUAUUCACGAGAGAGGCGGGGACUACGAGGCAGCCGCGAAAGAUCUCAUCAGCAAGCUGUAUGGGUACGGUGUGUCCCCUGUGCUGUUCAAGCCCACUUUGGCGCGCGACUCCCAGUUCCGAUCGACCUUCGAAGACGCUGUGUCCUACUUCGUGGCGACAAACGGCUUGCACGAGGAGGACACGGGCUUCGCCAUCAAAGGCUGGAAGGCCGUGCGGUGGGAUAACAAGGGAGUCAAUUUGUUCGGUAACACGGCCUUGGCGAUGGGUAAUUAUUUCUUUACCAAUCCCGAGGGGGAGGAGGUAAAGGUCGAGUACACGUUUGGAUAUUUCAUCGACUCAUCGGGUGCUGUCCGGAUCAACCUGCACCACUCGUCGGUACCGUUUGUGGCCAGCAGGACCAUUACCAGGGAGCAGGUCCUCGCAGCCCAGAAGGCGUGGGGUGACGGGAUUGUCAGAAUCUCCGCUAUCCACGCGGUCAACGGAGACUACGAGACGGCCGCGAGCACACUUAUCAAGAAAUUGUACGGAUACGGCGUGGCCCCUGUUCUCUUCAAGCCGACUUUGGCGAACGAUGUUCAAUUCCGCUCGACCUUCGAAGACGCGCUGUCCUACUUCGUGGCGACAGAAAGCAAGUUGCACUCGGAGGACACGGGUUUUGCCAUCAAGGGUUGGAAGGCCGUGCGGUGGGAGAAUACCGGCAUCAACAUGUUCGGCGAGUCAGCAUUGGCGAUGGGCAAUUACUACUUCACCACUCCCGAGGGCGAGGAGGUGAAGGUGGAGUACACAUUCGGGUACAUCCUCGACGCGGAAGGAGAAGUCCGGAUCAACCUGCACCAUUCCUCGGUUCCGUACCCAGUCAGCAAGGGCAUCACGAAGCAGCAGAUCCGCGAGGCUCAGCGGGCGUGGGGCGACGCGAUCGUGAACAUCUCCGCCCUGCACGCGAACGGGGGCGAUUUCCGCAAGGCCGCAAGCGAGCACAUCAAGAAGCUGUACGGGUAUGCUUCGAGCCCGGUGCUGUUCAAGCCUGCAAUGACGGCGACCGAUUUCUGCUUCACUUUUGAGGAGGCGCUGUCGCAUUUCGUGACGACGGAGGAGAAGUUCCCAGGCCUCGCCAUUCAGGGCUGGAAAGAAGUGCGGUGCGAGAACACCGGUGUCAGUAUCCACGGCAGCACUGCCAUGGCAAUGGGCAAUUGUUGUCUUACCACCCCCGAGGGUAAGAAGGUGAAACUUGAUUACACGUUUGGAUACAUUCUCAACGCAGAGGGGGAUAUUCGAAUCAACCUGCACCACAUGUCUACAUCGAGCGUUUCGUAG